AUCUCGUGUUUAGCGGUAGAAGGAAUUGAAUUAUCGAACGGACACAGAAUCGACAAAUAGAAUAUACUCUGGGUGCAUUGAGACAUCAUCUUGGGACACGAAUUCGUUAAUGAUGUGAUUGCACGAUGUUUUAAAUCCACCGAAAACAACAGGUUUUGAUCAUUUAAGCUAAGAUCAUGUUUGGAUUAUUUUGGAUAACAGUUUUAUUUGAAAUGGCUGAAUGCAUUUUCAUUACAACACCGGGAAACUCGAGUAGAAUCAGAUUGAGUUCUUAUGGAAUAACUGCAGAGAAUCGAUUCUCUUUGAUAUUUAGAGUAAAAGCAUGUGGAUCCGCCCAUAUAUUUUUAUCGGAUUUGGAUAUUCUUCCCACUCUGACUAGAGAGUUCAUCUUUGGAAAUAAAAACAAUACAAAAUGCGAAUUUGGAGACAAUAUCUACACUAAAUUUUCCUACGCGUGUUCGAAUGCUUGUGAUUCAUUUGAUGAUUACUGGAUUUCAUGGUACUAUGAUACUUAUAAUACUGUUCAGGAAUGGAAAAUGGGGCGUGGCAUUGUGGUAUCAAAGGAACUUAUUGGGAAUUAUCCCUGGCCUUUAACAACAUUUUAUCCUAGAUAUAUUGAUAUAUCAUCGACAGAUCUUCCUGCAGAGUGGGAAUUUGAAAUCUCACCGAACUCAACAACGUUUGAUUCAGAGACAACACAAAUACCAACAACAGCGGAAAAAUCAAGAGAUUCUACAACAACUGAACCAACAACAUCAACCUUACCGACGGAAUUAAUCACAGAGUCAACAACGCCGUUAUCAACAAUUUUAACGAUGACGUCAUCGACGGCCUCCACUCAAACUACGCAGUCAUCUAAAUCCACUACAGAUACGUUCUGUUACUGUUCUGACAAGUCAUGUAGUUCCAGAAACUAUACAGAUGAGGAGAUAGCGCAGAUGAUUGAGACGAUGAUUCAGGAGUUAAAAGUCAGUGUAAAGGACACAAACGCCUACAAAAGACGAUUGAUUUCUGCGCCUGACGACAGACCGUCUGCACAGCGCGUGGGUGGCGUGGGUGCCGUGGUCAUCUGCCUUGUUAUUCUAGGGAUAGUUCUUAUGGACACACCCCGCGUCGUCAAUUUCUUCAGAUAUCAUGAUAGAAAAACUGAAUAUCUGAGAAAGACUCAGUCCAAGAGAAAAAAGUCCAAGAAAUAAGACUUUUUAAAAAAAAAAUCUUUCUUUCUUUAUUUAUUUAUUUAUUUUGAAGAGGGGACAUAUGUUUUUGGUGGUUUUCAAAACAAUGAAAGGUAUUUCUUAAUAUUAUUUAUACAAAUAACGUCUUUACUGUGCUUAGCUUAUUGUUUUCUGGUAUAGAAUCAACCCAAGCUUUUACGAUUAAUGAAUAUCUUGG